AUGCUUUUUAUAUUUUUCUUUUUCGCCUUUUUCACCUCGGUUUAUUCAGAAAGCUAUGGUAAGUUUUGAAAUCAGAUAUUUUAUUAACUUGAGAACAAAUUAUAGUUUGCAAUGGAACCAAUACUAUUCAAGCUCCUGCAAAUCUGAGUCAGGUUUUGAAUUUUCCAAAUACAUGGAAUAUUUCGCAAACAAUAGUUCCGAAUUAUGCUCAAAAUCAAGAUUGUCGAUGGGAUAUUGAAGUACCUCAAGGUUACUAUGCAAAUCUUCUGAUAAGUUCAGUAACAAAAACUCCAUCUUGGGUUCGUGUCAUUUAUUCAAAUGGAUAUGUCGAUGAAAUAUAUGUGAUUGUAAAUGGUCCAUAUAUGUUUGUUUCUCCAACAUUCACUGUUUUGCUUCAUGCAGCUGCUGGAUAUAGUGGUGGAUUAGCAUUUGAAGUUACAUAUGUCCCAAGUAGGUUCACAAAUUUUUAUAGCUUCAUUAUUAUUUGAUUUUAGUACCAACAUUCAACCCAAUAAAUUAUGGCGUCUCUAAAACUGAUCCUCAAAUCAUCAAAAAUAUCACCUCGUGCGUAAUCACCGCACCAACUCAAGUUUCUCUUAUCGCAUCCGCUACAAAUCCCCUUGAAUUUUUCAACAACUUACGAAAGUUUGUAGUUUACGAUGGCCCAGAUGCUAAUUCCCCGUUUAUCGGAACACUUGAACAAGUUUUAUUCAGCGAUAAACAAUUAGUAUCAUCUGGAAAUCAAAUGACAGUUACAAAUUUAAUACCAAGUCUACCGUAUCUUGACAACUUUAUCGUUGUGCAAGAUUAUUCAAGUGAGUUCACAAAUAUCUAUCAGAAAACAAAUAUUCGCAUAAUUUUUCAGGUGUAAAACAGUUUACAAGAUUUCGUAUAACAACAUGUACUGGAACAAAUGAUUGUUUUUGUGAAUUGGAUGCAACAAAUGGAACAGCAGCUGUAGUAGCAGUCUCAAAAUCCGAUCAAUAUUUGAAAAGUCUUUCGAUCGCACCAACAUCUAAUUUGACUGUUUAUUACGGUUCCAUUCAAAAUUCCAACAUUGUUAAAACUUUUAAAGCAAAUGACACAGGAUUUCCACAAAAAUUGAACAAUUAUAUAACAACAAUUUCGCUUGAUUCGAAUAUCGCAACUGUUGUUUUUUCCUACGAUAGUCCAAAUGAAAACUGGAAUACAGUAACCGAUAAAAGAACUGGUUAUGUAUCCUCACCAAAUUAUGGAAUUGAUUCUGUGGAUCAAUCAGUGAAUGAAACAUUCACAGGAAAUGAUGUGUAUAAUUAUACAACAAAAGUUAUCAGUAAUGGAUUGGUUGGUAAAGCAACUCUUCAAAUCACAACCUAUGAUAAAUUCAAUAAUAUAAUCGAUGAUCAUAAUUAUACAAGCAAUAGUAUUCCAACAUCAAUUGAAGAUGUUCAUCCAGGAAAAACAUUGAGUAUUAUAUAUCAAUCAAAUGGUGAAAAAACGAACGGAGUAUUAAUUGAUUUCUCGGUUCUGAAAACUGGCUCGAAUAGUUGUGCAAUUCAAUUUGUAUGGGCAGUUUUUCUAGUGAAGCUUGUAAUCAGUUUUAUUGAUUUUUAA